UUGAACAGCUGGUUAGUAGGGAUUAAUCACUGUCAGACGCUUGACGUUUGGUUAUGCUACUAGUUGUGGAUUGGAAGAGUUAGCUGAGGUGCAUCCAGUAAACAACAAAGUUGAAAGAUGGACAAUUAUCAAUGGGCUUUCCUGCCCAUACCUGUCCUAUUAGAAGUGUUCAAACGGUUAGAUUAUAAGAACGUGGUGAAAGUGAGUUGUGUGUGUAGGAAUUGGUAUGAAAUAAGUCGUGUCGAGUACCUCUGGAAGUAUCUAUUCUACAGGAACUUCAAAGUUGAAUCAAAUGUUGCGUUAAUACCAGGUAAAAACUGGUAUGAGGAAUUCAAGAGACUUUAUUACAAUGUUCCAUUAAUACAAACAGAAAACUUGACUGAUCAUUUGAACGAAGUGCUGCACGUCAGUUUUUCACAUAACGGAAAAUAUUUCGCAACUUGUUCCAAAGACGGCUGGGUCCAUCUCUGGGAUUCCAAAUAUCCAGCAAAAAUCAAGUUUAGCCAUGACAUGAAAUGGUUUUCUUGGAAGUACACCCAAUACUCGCAGUUCAACGAGUCGGAUUCUCUCCUGUUAGUUUCCGGUGUCCAUUUCGGAACGCCACACAGUACUUCCGGAGAGAUCGCUGUAUUCAGCAUCCCAGAUUUUGAACUACAAUGUCGCGUUGGAAGCAAGCCUUACGAUAUAUUUGGUACUUGGUACAGUGAUAUACAUCUUUUAUCUGGAGAUUUACGUUGGUUGGCUCACUUGGUGAGUACAUCCAUGCUACGUCUCAACAAAGCAUGUCAGGAAGUCGAAUCUGAACAUGUUCCAGUUAUUAAAAAUCUGUAUAGAUUUUAUAAUAGGAAUGCUAGUUCGAUUAGGGCAAUAAUGAUAGCUAAUUGCUUACCAAAUUCGGAAUUGGUCGAUGAGAAAGAGACUUGUGAAAAUGACAAUGACGUUAAAAAGGAUAAGAGUGUGGGAGUUGAAAAGGGGAAUCCCGUAAGUCACAGAGACAUCGACAAUUUAGCGAUGUCAAGUAGUAGUUCUGUUGUGCAAAACGUGGCAGCUUCUUCGAAGGCCGUCGAUCCUGACUACGAAGUUCCUAUAACUUAUAGCGCUGAAUAUAGAAUGGCUGAAGCCAUUAGUAUGUCCGACUCUGAUACAGACAGUGACUUCGAUGAGAGGAGCAGCAUAGAUUUAUCAGACUACUCACAGGUGGAAGGAGAACCUAUUGUUAGCAACGACAAAUAUUUGAUUUUUACAACGGGUUAUAAAACGUACACCCCACAUCAAAUUGGUUUUAAGAGAAUCAAGCCGUUCCCUUUUCCGAAACGCAUAGAUCCGGGCCUCUCGCUUAGGGAGAGGCUGGUAUUAAGGGAGAAGUUAAGGUCUGCAUCGCCUCCAUCUGAACCGAACUGGCUCGAUUAUGACGCAGUAUGCGACAAGUUCGAUAAGGUUGACCAUGUCAUUGAUUUGCAUGGUCACAUUAUUGGUAUGGGACUUAGUCCAGAUCACAGAUAUUUAUAUGUAAACAGCAGACCUUGGCCUGUGGGUUACGUGAUAACCCAUCCGCUGGAUCCACCGCCCAUCGCUCAAGAAAUUGACAUACACGUCAUAGAUUUGGUUACGCUCAAAGAAGUUGGUAAAAUGCUUCGCGCCCACAAAGCCUACACACCCAACAACGAAUGCUUUUUCAUUUUCCUGGACGUCUGUAAGGAGUAUGUGGCUAGCGGGGCGGAAGAUAAACACGGAUAUCUCUGGGACAGGCAUUACGGUUGUUGUUUAGCCAAGUUUCCACAUACGGACGUCGUGAAUUCCGUUGCUUUCAAUCCAAAGGAUCCUGAAAUGCUCGUAACGACUUCUGACGAUUUCGAAGUAAAGAUUUGGAGGUCCAGGUCAAAAGUCAAAGAGUUAGGAUUGGAGGAGUCUCAAUUACCAAAGGGAAUAGAAGUGCGAAAGGUUAAAAAACCGGAUGUGCCUCCGAUGCCGAACAGACAGAAUCAAUGAUAAUAACAGUACAUUUUUAAUUAGAUAGUAACGAAUUCAAUUUUAAAGCAAUCGUGAAUGUAUAAAAAAAAGA